UUGGAGCUCCGGUGAGGAGCCGAAAAGCGGGGAAAAGAGGGCGCGGAGCCGGUAGCACGGCGGGAGAGGACGACGGUGAGGGCACGGGGGCGCCCGGCCGGCCCCAGGAGGCCCGCGGAGCAGCAGUUGCCGCCGCCGGACCGCAGAUAUGGAAGAGAGCGACGGCGUCACCAUGCUGGUGUCAGACAUUGGGGAACCGGAAGCUGUGCUGACGGCCGAAACUGUCAUUAGCUCUUCCCUGGAAAUCGAUGAACAGAGCACAGCUAAAACAGACCCUCUAAUCCAUGUUAUCCAGAAGUUAAGCAAGAUAGUGGAACACGAAAAGUCACAAAAAUGUCUUUUAAUUGGGAGGAAACGCUCACGUUCAAAUGCUGGGACGUGCUCCCCUGAGUCCCUAGAACUCUGUGAGAUUCCAGCUAAGGUAGCCCAGCCUCCUGCUGCAGCUGCUGCUGCGGCUGCUGCAGCGAGAAGGGCCGCGCUGCCCCAGAUGCCCGUGAGCCCCGGCUCCCCCGCCCAGAACGAUGGGAAGGGGAUGUCUUACCAGUGCAGCCUCUGCCAGUUCCUGUCCCCGUCCUUCCCGGUGUUAAAAGACCACAUCAAGCAGCACGGGCAGGAGAACGAAGUGAUCCUGAUGUGCUCCGAGUGCCGCGUCACGUCGAAGAGCCAAGAGGAGCUGGAGGCUCACGUGGCCAAUGACCACGAGGAUGACUCCAGCAGUCAUGGUCAGCCCAGGGCCCAGCUGUGCGCGAGCCCCCCCGAUGCCCUGUGCCCCAGACCCACGGAGAGGAAGAGCAGGGCCACCCCGGACCUCCCCGCGGGCACGAGCAGCCCGCGGACACACGCCGUCCCCGCCACGCCCAAGGCGGACGUGGGGCGGAGGAAGUGGUACGCCUACGAGCAGCACGGCGUGUACCGGUGCCUGUUCUGCAGCUACACGUGCGGGCAGCAGAGGAUGCUGAAGACGCACGCGUGGAAGCACGCCGGGGAGGUGGGCUGUUCCUACCCGGUCUUCGAGGACGAGCGCGAGCCCCUGGGCUUGCUGGGCCCCUCUGCCGCUGCCGCCCCCGGCGGGGUGGACGCUGUGGUCAUCGCCAUCGGCGAGAACGAGCUGAGCAUCCACAACGGGCCGUCGCUGCAGGUGCAGAUCUGCCGCCCGGAGCCACUGCCCUCUGCGUCGGCCCCGGGGCCGGGUGCAGAGGCGGGUGUCGGCCUCGGCCCCGCGGUGGCCCUGGACGCGGGCGAGGAGGACGUGCUCGAGGUGAUUCCCGCCGCGGAGGAGAGCCUGGCGGCCGACAGCCUGCUGUCCUCGGCGCAGAAGAUCAUCAGCAGCAGCCCCCACGAGGAGGGCCACGUGAACGUGAUCGUGGAGCGCCUGCCCAGCGCCGAGGAGCCCGCGGCCCAGAAGCCUUUCCUCGUGAGCGCGGCGGCGGUGGAAGAGGUGGACAGCCCGCCCCUGACGGACGCCCGGACGGGGCCCACCGGGAGAGGUGAGGUCUAUCGCGCCGACCAGUGCACCGUCGACCUCGGGGGGCUGAUCAUAGGCUGGAGCAGCGCAGAGAAGAAGGACGGCGAGUUCCUCCAUCAGGGACGGGCCCCCGAUGAGAACGCCCCGCCGGGCCGGAGGCGGACAGACUCCGAGUCCCUUCGGCUGCACUCGCUGGCGGCAGAGGCCCUGGUCACGAUGCCCGUGCGGGCUGCUGAGCUCACGAGAGCCAGCCUCGGGCCCCACGGGGACGCAGCCCUGCUGGGCUCAGACGCCGGGCAGAGGCAGGCAGACGGCACGUUGGCCGCGUAUUCCAAGAUGAUGUCGCCACUUAAAAACUCUUCCAGCGGAUUAGCCAGUUUUAACCAAAGCAGCUGCCCCUUGGUGGCGCUCCCGGAGGGCAGGCAGGAGCUGUCUGACGGGCAGGUGAAGACGGGCAUCAGCGUGUCCUUGCUCACUGUCAUCGAGAAGCUGAGGGAAAGGACGGACCAGAAUGCUUCGGACGAGGACAUCCUGAAAGAGCUGCAGGACAACGCUCAGUGCCAGCCCGGCGGUGAGGCCGCCCUGCCGGGCGGCGGCGUGGUGGAAUACCUCCCGAACGCUGAGCGGCCCUACCGCUGCCGCCUCUGCCACUAUGCGAGCGGGAACAAGGGCUACAUCAAGCAGCACCUGCGGGUGCACCGGCAGCGGCAGCCCUACCAGUGCCCCAUCUGCGAGCACGUGGCAGACAGCAGCAAGGAGCUGGAGAGCCACACGGUCCACCACUGCAAGGCCCGGCUGUACCCGUGCAGGCGCUGUGCGGAGGCCUUCCACUACAAGAGUCAGCUGAGGAGCCACGAGAGAGAGCGGCACAGCCUCCCCGACUCCUCGUCCACAGCAGCUUCCCCUGAACCGCGGCUUCCCAGGGACGCGGCCGAGGUGAAGUGCACGCAGGAAGAGAACAAGCCCGCGGCCCCGAAGCAGUACCGGUGCGACGUGUGCGACUACACGAGCACGACGCACGUGGGCGUCAGAAACCACCGGCGAACCCACAGCGCCGACAAGCCGUACAGGUGCUCCCUGUGCGGCUACGUGUGCAGCCACCCCCCGUCGCUGAAGUCCCACAUGUGGAAGCACGCGAGCGACCAGAACUACAACUACGAGCAGGUGAACAAGGCCAUCAACGACGCCAUCUCUCAGAGCGGCAGGGUCCUGGGGAAGCCACUUGGAAAGACUCUCUUGAGCAGCAGAGAAGGAAGAGCCGGUCCCCCGCCUGGCAGUCCGGGCAGUGUGUCGCCGCCCUCCGAGCCAGCCCCCCAGGCUGCCGUGGAGAGCGGGGGCCAGAGCCCGGCCCGCCCUGCCUCCUGCGGCCCGGAGAAGAGCGCCGGCGGCGCGGUGCCUCCGGGGGUGGAGUACUGCGUCCUGCUCUUCUGCUGCUGCAUCUGCGGCUUCGAGUCCACGAGCAAAGAGAGCCUGCUGGAGCACAUGAAGGAGCACGAGGGUGAGAUCGUGAACAUCAUCCUGAACAAGGAGCACGGCUCCGCGCUGCCCGCGAGCUAGAGGCCGCGGGCCUUCCUCCCCCGUCUCCCCACCCCCACCCUGCCUGCCAGGCCCAGGAGGUGGCGGCGGGGCCGUGUUCGAGGAAACGGCAGGAAUUACAAGUGGAUAGGUGGUGACUGUAUUUGAAUAUUUUGAGGGAAACUGGCUGGGAAGCAAGCAAGCAAAGGUACAGUCCCGUGUCAACCUUCUGUUACCUCUCGUUGGCUGUAACCGUAGUUAUUGCUGAAAGCUUGUGGUAGCGCAGAGAUGCAAGCAGGAGCGUGAAGAGAGGGUUUUUCAGGAACUGUUCUGAAACCCGUUGUUACGAAAGGGUCACAGUCCCAAGCAGAGCCUGGCUCUCCUCCUCCACUGUGGGGCAGCCAGCUCUGUGGUGCCCCUUCCCGAGGGCAGUGGGCGGUGGCUCUCGGCCGGAGGGCUGCGAGGCCGUGCACCUACGUGUUCCCCCAGGCCGAGAGGAACUCGACAGGUACCCUAGGCAGUACUGCUUUACUCUUUUUUAAAAGGAAAAAAGGAAAGAAGGAAAAGACCUCUAAAUCCAAAGCUAGGUUUGUAAGUAGGCAUUUAAGGAAUAAGUUACUAUCUUAAGCUCGCAGAAAGUUCCUAUGGGCACAGGAAGAAUUAGGGGAACCCACCACACUCAGCCAAACCUGCAGCUUCAUAAAUGUGUGUCCCAGCUCAGGCCAGUCCCUUCCCAGACGUCCUGUUCUCUGUGGGACGGGCCACCCCCCUCUGCUGACCCAGACCGAGCUUUCACCUGAGAGUGUCUGUGCAAGCCGCAAAGUGUGCGGGUUUGCACUUGAGCAUCAGACCUCGGAGAUGGUUUGAUCUCUUAAAAUCGUUUGGGGGAAGAAAUGCUGGGCCCAGAAUCCCCUUUGCAGGGCUGUCCAGCCUUUUGGCGUCUUGGGGCCACACUGGAAGAAGAGUUGUCUUGGGCCACACAUUAAAUACAUUGCAACACGUAAUCACAAAAUAAUCUCAAAUGUUCAAAGUAAAUUUAAAUGAUUUUGUGUUGGGCCAUAUUCACAGCCAUCCUGGGCUGCAUGCGGCCCGUGGGCUACGGGUUGGACACCCCAGAAGGGUUGCUUUGAGAUUUUCCUUUCCUGGAGCUAAUUAACGUAGUUAGCAGAUGAGGUGUGACCAGACAUGGCCAAAAUACUCUGAAAAUUCUGGUGGUUUUAGAACUUUAAUAACAAACGAGCAGCAUUGGCGAGUCUGCAGGGUUUCUCCUCGCUAGGAAGCUCCUCUCUCCCGUGCGUAGGAGGACACGCGGUAGACCCACUGACCUGCUUCGCUUUAAAACGUGCCGUCAAAUAAACGUGACUUCUCCGUAUUCACACAGUUUGUAUGAUAGUGCAUUCUGAGGCCACAGGGUUCUCUGCCGAGGCUUUUGUAGUUUUGUCCGGUGUUCAUGCCUCGUUUUGUUCAAGUCAACUGUGCCCACAAUCCCGGGCGGCCCGCGUGCAGGCCCGCCUCUCGGUGCUGCUCCCAAACCGUGUCCGCAGCCGCAGGGCCCCGCUGCGGCGCCGGCGGCUCUGGAGAUGCGAAGACAGACUCGUUGGAUGUGACGCUCUGGGGGCCCGGGCUAGACGGACGCCCCUCCCCAGAGUCCAGGUGUGCCUGGGCCCGCAUUUCUGGGAUCGCAGUGGGGCCAGGUGUCUGAAACACUGAUUUGUGUUCUUAAUUUCAUUUUCAUGGUGAUUUUUAAGCAAACAGAAUUGAUUGUAACUUUGCAGCUCUUUAGUUUAGGUAGCUAUAAAUUAUUUAUGAAAGUGAAUCCACUUUUGAUACAUGAUUUUUACGAAGAAAGGAGUAUGUAUAGUAAAUUAUAUUCCCCAAGUCCGCUGCGUGUGGAUUUAUAUUCAUUUUGUCCUGUUUUCACAAGGAAAACACUUACAUUUCACUUCAGAUGCAAAUGAAGUAUUUUGAAUGGCCCUGUUAGCACCACCCACCCUGUCGCCACUCAGCCAGCCCUCCACUGCUGGUGGCUGGGACUCAGGGUUUCUUUACAGAAACCCGUGAUUCAGAGAGUCAGCGACCUUAAAAAAUUUUGUUUUAUAAAUUUUCCUUGGCUUUCAUUUUGUGUAAUCAUUUUGGACAAUACUAAUAACCAAAAACAUCCCAAAAUUUUCAACAGGGAAUUUUUUAAUUACUUUUUCCAUUUCCUUGGACCACUUCCGUUGAUUGUUACGUAAGUUUCCCAUCUGGAAUCAUGGAUUUAAAAUUUCCCUGGCUCGUGGGGAAAGAAACUGACGGGAGUUCAAGGUCUUUAAAUGUUCAUGUGGCCUAGAACAUCCUCCAAAGCUUCCCCCUGGCCUUAGGGGGCCACAUCCCGCGGGUUCCCGCACCUCCUGGUGCCCGCUUUGUGGCCAGCCUUGGUGCCACUGCCAGGGGCCAGGGGCCAGGGCGCCUCCCGCAGCGCAGAAGCAGACUGAGCGCGUGACGGCGUCGCAGCCGGGCUGGGCCCGAAGUGACCAGCCAGAGCUCCCUUUCUGGGGGCGCGUCAGGUGUUGGCAGGGGCUUGUGGCCCUGCAAAGCCUGUGCACUUGUUGUCCACUCUGAACCCUGACAGUUCUAAGAGUUGGUAUUGGAGAUAGCUUUUCAAAGACACUUAGGGUCGUGGCAGCGGUGGGGAGGGGGCAGCGGUGGGGAGGGGACAGCGGUGCCCUGGGACCAUCGCGAGCGACACUCAGGUGCGCAGCGCUCCCCUCUUUCUCCAGCGGUCCUGAGCGUAGGCAGUGUCCCGGGCUCCGGAGUGGCAGUGUCCUGCCGUCACUCCAGGCCACCUGGAGACAGUGCAUGGGAGUGACACCCGCCACAGCCUCUGUCCUAGGUCUGUCACCCUGGCCGAGAGCUGUCGUCCUGUCGUUCUCUGUCUCCUGCACGAGGGGGUGGGCACCCGUGUCUGCCUGGCGUCUCCUGCUGGGGAGGAGCUGCCCGAGGACACGCAGGCUGCUCUGUGGAGACACAGUCUGUUUUUCGUUUUCAUAGACACUUAUUUAAUCUUUUUUUUUUUUUAACUGUACAGCAAGGUGCUCUAAGUAAUAUUCUAUAAAGUAUAUUUAAUAGAAUUUUGAGUUUGCUACCCAUGGACACGAAUACAUGUAUUUUUUUAAGAAAUGAGUAUUGUGUAACACUAUGGCAUUGUUUCCUUCUAUAGCCAAAGUCUGAAACUCUCUGGAACACUGACCUAUAAAGACGACAGUUCUGCACGGCGUCCUGUUAAAAACAGGAUGACUGGCAUUUUGUAAAACUGCCCUGCACAGCGAGCUGCAUGCCUUAACGCCUCCCUCUCCGCGAUGGUGUCCCGGCAGACCGGCUCGCCUGCCCCGCCGCGCGGCGAGCCCUGCCGCGCUUCAACUACCUUUGGAGAUACUGUACAAUGUUAGAGUAAUUUAUUUUGCUUUAUAGGAGUUUGUCAUGUAUUGACUUUAAUAUUGUA